AUGGCGACCACUGCAAAUUCUGCUUCUGUUACCACAAUUGAUGAAUCACAUCCUUUCUUUUUACACUACAGAGAGAAUCUAGGUGCAAUUCUUGUUGCUCAGCCUUUAGUCAAUGAUAACUAUGCUAGUUGGGCUAAAUCAAUGCAAAGAGAUGAGAGCCAAAGGUCCAUUAGUCAUUCCACUGGUGCCUACAUUGAAUCCACUACUUUGGCAACCAAGUCAUUUGUUGGAACUAUUGGUUUUGGGAACACUUACAGAAAUAAUUCAGGUGCUAAAGGUAACAAGUACAAAGGGAAGGAGAGGCCAGUGUGUAGUCAUUGUGGGGUCACAGGUCACACCAUAGAGAAAUGCUACAAACUCCAUGGUUACCCCCCUGGUUACAAACUCAAGGGCAAGAAUGCAAAGGCUAAUCAAGUUGCAAGACCUAAUUUUGGUGCAAACUUUGGUGUUGAGGAGUCAAAUUUUGUUCCUGUGCGGCAAUCUUUUCCUUCUCAAGCUUUCCCAUUUACUGCAAAACAAUGUCAAAGGAUUUUGGCUAUGAUUGGGGGUUCAAGCAGUAGCCAAGGUAAUAUGGCAACACUUGAAGUUGUUCCCACUGCAAUGGCCAACAGUGUCACAGCCCACUACUCCACUUGCAGGACCUUCAUCUUGGAAGACGAUUGGAAUAGGUGAAGUGCAUAAUGGCCUCUACUUGUUGCAAAGAUUAGAUUGCAUCGGUU